AUUACUCUGUUAGAUAUCAAGGCCUUUGCAUGGGUGGGACCCAGGUCAUUAAACGACGUCGUUUACAAAUGAGUUGGUUUCAGUCAAAUUGGAGAAACCACCAUUUCUCCCUUUCUUACAUGGUGCCACUGUCACUCUCCUCUCCUCCUUCUCUUCACCAAGUCUCUAAUUUUGCGCCUAAUCGGAUGCUGUUGUUUAUGGGGGCUUUGGUAUUUUUAAGAAGCUGAUUUUGAUUUCCGAGUCCCCAUUGGAAUUGGGGCUAGCUAUGAAAUGAUUUCAUUGAAAUGAGGUAUGUUACUGAUUUAUGCUUUUGGGUCAGUCAUUAACGACAAAUUGACAUCUGGAUGAUACUUUCUGAUUGGUUAUUUACAUAUUGUAAUUCAGAAUGUGGAGCUUUGCAUCAAAUUGCAUUGCUGGAACUGUGGGAGUGAAAAGUGAUUCUUCAAAGCCUACUCAUUCUACGUCAGAAUGUUCUGAUGACGAGACUUCUAUUAUAGGCAGAGAGGAAGGACUGGAAUGCCCAAUAUGCUGGGAAUCUUUCAAUAUUGUUGAAAACGUGCCCUAUGUUUUAUGGUGUGGCCAUACUCUUUGUAAAAAUUGCAUCCUUGGAUUGCAAUGGGCUGUUGUGAAAUUUCCAACACUGCCUGUUCAACUUCCCCUUUUUAUCUCCUGUCCAUGGUGCAACCUUCUAUCUUUCCGUUUAGUUUACCGUGGAAAUCUUAAAUUCCCUCGCAAAAACUACUUUCUUCUCUGGAUGGUUGAGAGCAUGAAUGGUGAUAGACUGAAAUCACAUUCACCUUUAUGUGGUGAUAACCAACAACACUCACUUAAAGACAAUUUAACCAUGGGAAGCCAGGUAAGCCAUGGAAACCAUCGGAGGGGGCAAGUCCGCCAUCCAGAGGUAUCAAAUUAUAAUCAAUAUCAUGGCAAUACUGGUAAUCUCCUCAAUAUGGAAAGACUCUAUGUUUGUUUUCGGAAGUCACUGUUGUUCUUUGUCCAGGUGACGGCAAAGUUCCCAUUGGUCAUUAUAUUUCUUUUGAUUGUCUUAUAUGCAAUACCGGCCAGUGCUGCCAUUUUGGCUCUGUAUGUACUUGUUACAAUUCUGUUUGCUCUCCCAUCUUUUCUCAUUUUGUACUUCUCUUAUCCUAGUUUGGAUUGGCUUGUCAGGGAAAUCAUCGCUUAAGAUUGUGAACUAGUACAGGCGCCAACUUUGCAAGCAUUAAGUCAACAACAUAUAUCUUCUACUUUGUAAUUAGCCGACAUCCCUUUUACAAGCUCUCAUUUAUCUUCCCAUUCAGGGUCACUCUCAAUCUCUGUAUACUUGAGUCUUGAUUUUAGCUUUAGUUGAAGUUGGCUAGUUGGUGGAACCAGGGCUGUGUGGUUGGGUAAUGAUAAAUGCUUGUGCCUCUUUCCUGGUGGCAAGUAUUUGUCUGAUUAUUUCAAGUUUUAUUUUGUAUGGAUGGACACAUGGAUGUUACUUCCAAUACAGCUUAUCCUAUUAUGUUUCUUAAGUUGUACAUAGUAAUCUUGUUAUUUGUCUGCCUAUGUAUGGAAAUACAAUCUGCAUAAUUUGAAAUUAUUGACCUUCCUGUCUA